GAGUAUGACGAGCACGUUUAUUAUCGAGCUUCACUUGCCGUCCACGUACGACGUGUGCCAGCAGACAGGAGGGUAGCCCGCCGACCUAAAUCACAACUAAUGACUUUAAGUGAUUUGUUAUUGAGAAGCCCGUUUGCUCGACGUCCCAAAAUGACGAGGCGGAGGUGCGUUCAAAGGCCUGUUGGACGUGUUGCUAACGUGAGCUAGCAACCUCAGCUAACCUCUAACCAGCAGGGGGCGACAAAGCAGCACUAGCAGCAGUGGUUCUUAACCUGGGUUCGAUCGACCUCCGGCCUCGGGUUCGGCGGAGGUCAAGACACACCCUAUUUACACUCAUCGUGUAAAUAAAAACUUCUCCCUAUCGGCGUAUUAUGGAUACGGCAACAGCAGAAGUCACACUGAUUUGCAGACUGGAGGCGGGCUCUCACUCUCAUGAAACAUGAAAAGGUCUGCAAGAGGUCGCUCGCAGGAAGAAAAUCCUGAAAAUGACCUGCACAAACUAAAACUGCAGUAUCGCCAAGCUGUAAAAGACAAGCAGGCGUUCGAUGACAAAAUCCAAAGCCUCCUCCUGAAAGACAGCAGGGAGAUCCAGAGACUCCAAAAUGAACAUGAGGAACUGUUACACACCCUUACCAUCGCACAGAGUAACUGUAACCAGAAGCAAGAAAUUAAUGCUGCACAAGAUCUCGAAGUACUUUUGUCUAAUGAAGAAAGGAUAGAGGAGGAGUUGCUAGGCAACAAAAGCAGAUUGGUAUCUUACAAAAAGCAGAUUUUAGAAUGGGAGAGGAAGCUUGUAGCGCAGAGGGGAGGGUAUGCACCACAUAACACGAAAACCGAAGACAACUCCGCUAAAGAUAUUGUGUCGAAAGAAGACAAGCUCUACAAGGGUCACAUAUGCUUCAAUGAGCUAAUGAUCAGGAACGGCCAGUUAAAGAAAGACAUAGACAUGCUGGAGAUGGAGAAGACUGAGUUCCUGCAAAUUCAACUUCAGCUGAAAAAGGAGCUGCAAGCCAUUCGGAAGGAAAUUUCGGAUUUGAGUGCUAUGUGCACUAAAGCCAACAACGCCAGUGUUGCAAUCCAGAUAAGGCAGAAGAAGCUAAAGGAACAAAAAGCUCAGUUUGAAGCUCAGUACACGCAAACAACGGCCAACUUGGAGCACGAAAUCGCCACGCACUGCAACCUUGAGGCUAUGGUGAACAUAAAGAAUGCCGCUGACGAGAGCUCCAACCGUGACAAAGAGGAUCUGAUGGAACAGCUACAGAGGUUGACCAUUCAUGAAGACACUAUAAGAAGAAUUCUCUAUGAGACGGGAGAAAGCGACCUGGACUCCCUAGUGCAGAACUACUUGGAAUUGGAGGAGGAGAACUAUUCUUUACUGGGCUUUGUCAACUAUCAACACUGGGAUGUGGAGGCCAUUCAGCAGCAGAUUGCUCAACUUAUCAAGGAGGGCGAGCUGUUUAAGGAGGAGCAGCGUCAGCACGGUGUGGACCGCAAAACUUUUCACGGGGCCAUUUCCACCAAGCAGAAGUCUGUCGAGGAGCAGCUGAAUGACUUCCGAAAGCAAAUUCACGUCAAGGAGAAUAUCCAAAAACAUCUAAAAACAGGUGUGCAGUCAUUACUGCGUAUCUGCUGUGACAGGUCUGAGAUCAGCUCGCUGGGCUCCAGCGACCGAGCGCUGGAUGAGCACAUGACGGCGUGCUUGAGGAUGGUGGAGGACAAAGUCAACAGCCUCCUCAAUCUGCAGUCCAUCAUUCUCUUCCAGGAGAACUUAACACAGUGUGACCUCGUUAGUGACGGCUUUGGUUCUAUAGCCGAUCAACUGCGGGGGAAGGGAAAUGCCCCAGCAGUCAACUUGUCCACAGGACCUACAACACCAACACCAACACCAGAUGAUGACAAGGCCCGCAAAGGCAGUCGUUCAGAAAGCAGGGGAGCCAAAGAGAGGCUAGGUUCUUACAGCAGCCCAUAAAUGGCCUUGCAGUGAUAGAAGACAAGAGGGACCAGAGGACUCAUGUACUGUCUGAGCACCAAAAUGAUUGAGCUGCUCUGUAUUGGCCUGCAUUGGCCAUUCAGACUUGAACAGUGAGGCUGGAUUUUCCAUGUGGACUGAUGCGAUCCAUCUUUUUUCGGGUUUAGUGCACAUGUUCACUUUUUAAUGCGUCCUUAAAGCUGUUUUUAUGGGUUGUUUUUUUUCAAACGAGACCCCAGAUGAACUUCUCCCUCCAGAAUGGACUUAAAAGUGAUGUUCCAUCACUGCAGUUUGGGCUUUGAGAAGGACUACCAAUCUGUGGACCUCCAAAUGAAGCUGAGUGUCUAAAAACACGUGCAAGUGAGGCAUCUACAUUGUAGCCUCAUUUUUAGUAAAGGUAUAGCUUUGUAGAACUUUGGACUGUUCUGUUGUAAGCUUACAGGCUCAUUUCAAAAUGAUUUAUUAUGCUGUUUUUACACAUUGCUCUUCAUUUUAUAGCCACAGCUAUACUUAUGCACAGCAUCAUUGUGCCAUUCGUUCGUUCCAGAAUGUAAUUUAUUAGAAGACCAAAAAAAAAAAAGCAUGUCUUAAACCAUCCUAAAAGCCUUUUUUUUUUUUUUAAACACAUGACAACUGAUGAUGUUAUGUUGAAGCUGUUGAUAAUGUGACCAACAGGUGGGAAAAGUAGGGACCUAAUCAUGAACCCUGCAGAACACCAUAGAAAUGCGCACAAAGGUUAGCAGCUGUAGGAACUGCUGUUAUUUAGAUUUGAUGGAACUAUGCAAAUUUGUACUGUUGCAGACAAAAGCGUUAACAUCAAGAUUAAAGCGCUUGCACAAGUACAAAAAUCA